AUGUAUGACAACUUCAAAGCAUGUCAGGGAAUUGCUGAGGAGAAUGAAGACCCUGAACAACAAGAACACAUUCACACAAACAUUAAUGAAACCAUCAGUGAAUCUAUGGAAUCUCUUGAUGAAUCAUCAGCAGCUGAAAGUGUGGAUCAGAUUGUCUUGGAAAAUGAUCCAUUGUUACGUAUUGAAGAUGAUGAGUUGGAAGCAUGGAGUAUUUCAGUUGAUAAGAAGGUUGUGAAGAAGUUGAGUAGUAAAGAGGUGAAGAGGCAAGAUAAUAUCUAUGAAUUAAUACAAACCGAAAAAAAUUAUUGCCGAGCUUUAACUAUUAUGCAAAAGAUGUUCUAUGAAGGCUUACGGAACGAAGUAGGAGUACAUGUUGAUGUUCUCAACGCAAUGUUUCCUUGUCUAGAUAUUCUUCUGCAUAGUCACAAAACCUUCCUAAACAACUUGACAAUACUCCAAUCUCAACAUAAAGAUAAAAUUAUUGAAGAAAUAGGAAAAGCACUUAUUGAACAAUUUGACGGUGAAAAUGCCAUGACACUGAAGCAUGCUUAUGGUCACUUCUGUUCUCACCAUAUAGAAGCUGCAGAUAUUUAUAAGGAAAAGAAAGGUGAACGUAAAUUUCUUUCCUUUGUCAAGCGGUGUGCUAAUAAUAGUAUAUGUCAAAAACGAGAAAUACCAGACUUUCUCCUACUCGUCACUCAGCGUCUUACCAAAUAUCCCACAUUAAUAGAAGCAAUUAUCAAAAACACAAAAGAUAAAAAAGAACGUGAAAAUUUGAAUAAAGCACUUGAACUGGUGAAAGAUAUUUUAUCAAGUGUGAACAACCAAGUUGAAGAAUAUGAAAGAGAGCAACGCCUUAGUGAUAUUUAUAACCGAACAGAUGCUCGUUCUUCAGCCUUGUUCCGAUCAAGAAAAUUUAAGAAAACUGACCUUCGAUUAAACCAACGGAAAUUAAUUCAUGAUGGUGUGAUUGGCUGGAAAACAGCUCGUGGAAAAGUGAUUGAUGUGAUUGCUGUGGUGCUAACUGAUCUCAUAGUCUUGAUGCAGGAGAGUAAUCAAAAAUAUACAUUUAUAAUGCAAGACAAUAAGUCUUGUGUGAUCCCACUGUGUGAACUGCUGGUCAGGGAGAAAGGGGAUACUAAAGAUGGCAAAGGUAUCUACCUUAUCACCAAGAAAAACACACAACCUGAAAUGUAUGAAUUUGUAUGCAAGUCAACAGAAGAUAUGAAAAAUUGGAUUGUUCUCCUGCGUUCUGCUGUUGAGCAGUGUCCACAAGAAGUUGUUGACAACUUAGCUUUUCAGAAGCUGGAAGUAAAACGACUUUUGGAAUUGCGAGCUGAAAAAAUGACAAAGCUUUUUGAUUCAAUGACCCAUAUAGAUACAGAAAUUGUGAGACUGUGUGAAGAGAAGAACAAAAAAAUCAAUGAAUAUGUGGAACUGUAUAAUUACUCCACAGUAGAUGAGACCAACACAUCAACAAACAUGUCAGCACAAUCUACCACGUCUACAUCGUCUGGUACCACUACCUCCACAACAUCAUCAUCCUCAUCAUCAUCAUCAACAACAGUAACAUCAGCAGUGGUUGCCACAGGGGAUAAGUGUCAGUCAAAAGAAGAGGGACCAGAUGCUUGGGAAUUAUUGCAGAAAGCAAUGGAUGAGAACAUCCUAUUUUUUUUUCCCUCCAACAUUGAUUUCACUGAUUUCGUUUUUAUUUCUACUUUUCUUUUUCUCUCCUUCUUUUCUCUCCUCUCUUUUUCUCCUCCCUUUUUCUCCUUUUCUCUCCUCCUUCUUUUCUCUCCUCCUUCUCUUUUUCUCUCCUCCUUCUCUUUUUCUCUCCUCCUUCUCUUUUUCUCUCCUCCUUCUCUUUUUCUCUCCUCCUUCUCUUUUUCUCUCCUCCUUCUCUUUUUCUCUCCUCCUUCUCUUUCUCUCCUCCCUCUUUUCUCUCCUCCUCUCUUUUCUCUCCUCCUCUUUCUUUCUCCUUCUCUUUUUCCUCUCUUUCCUUUUCUCUUUUCCUUUUUCUCUUUUCCUUUUUUCUCUUUUUUUUUCUCUCUUCCUUUUUUUUUUCUCUCUUCCUUUUUCUCUUUUCCUUUUUCUCUCUUUUUCCUUUUUCUCUUUUCCUUUUUCUCUUUUUUUUUCUCUUCCUUUUUCUCUCUUCCUUUUUCUCUUUUCCUUUUUCUCUCUUUUCCUUUUUUUUCUCUUUUCUUUUUUCUCUCUUCCUUUUUCUCUUUUCCUUUUUCUCUCUUCUUUUUUUCUCUCUUUUCUUUUCUCUUUUUUUCUCUCUUUUUCCUUUUUUCUCUUUUUUCCUUUUCUUUUUCUCUUCCUUUUUCUCUUUUCCUUUUUUCUCUUUUCCUUUUUUCUCUUUCCCUUUUUUCUCUUUCCCUUUUUCUCUUUCCUUUUUUUUCUUUUUUCUCAUUCCCUUUUUCUCUUUCCCUUUUUCUCUUUCCCUUUUUCUCUUUCCCCUUUUUUCUCUUUUCCUUUUUCUCUUUUUUUUCUCUUUUCCUUUUUCUCUUUUUUCCCCCUCUUUUUUUUUUCUUUUUUUUUUUUUUUCCCCUCCUCUCUUUUUUUUUUCCCUCCUCUCUUAUUUUUUUCCCUCCUCUAUUUUUUUCCCUCCUCUAUUUUCUUUUUCUUUCUCUUUUUAUUCUUUCUAUUUUAUUUUCUUUUUCUGUGAUGCCUACUUAA